UAGAAUGGGCUGGGGUUCUUCACGCCCUGACUCAUUCACGCCUGGUGUGCCGCGCCGUCAACUACCCGUUGAACGUCGCAAUUUUGGGGUCCCUCAUCGCCCGCAGUUAGAUGACGGAGACUUGGAGAUUCGUCCGAACGACGAGUCGAUGCAUGACGAUUACAUGAAUGGGAAGUUGGAUCGAUUACUGGAUAAGUUGGAUAAAUUUGAUCUAUGGAGGGAGGAGGCGGAUCGACGCUUCGAGUAUCUGGAUCCGAUCGUGCCGAGGGAGACGGAACCCCCUCUAGGGUUUGAGGAUGGAGAUGAAGCGGAGUAUGAGGAAUUUAGGCGAAAGAAAGCGAGCGAGAAAGGGGGUCGUGCCAGACACCCUAAUUUUUGCAUGCGCGAUAUGUCUAUGGACGACAGGAGACGUCGCGGAGAGAGGACCAGGGGUGCGUCGGCCUGGGAUGCACCGGGAAAUCGAUUCGCUCGUACACAUGGCGGUGGUUUUCCGCAGCAAUUCGAGACGUCGUGUUGGGAUCCACCCCAGCGUUAUCGAUCGACUGCUGCGGAGUUUGAUAAGAAUCAGAUCGCUAUGAAGCCGCCUCGGUUUGAUGGUAGCGACGCGACAAACUGGAUCCCCAGGGUUCAGUAUUAUUUUAAUCAUAUGAUGAUACCCGAUGCUCAGCGCCUUCACUACGCGGUUAUGUUGUUCGACCCCCCGGCUUCGGAGUGGGUGUUUAAUUAUUGUGCAAAUAUUGACUGCGUCACGUGGCACGAAUUUUUGGAAGAUGUGCGACACAAUUUUGAUAGGCAGAGAGAUCGAUAUCGUCGCGAGGGGAGAAAUGACAGGGGUUCAUGUUGGGACCCUCCAAGAUAUCAACAACAUUGUCAACAAAUAGGCGGGUAUGGUCAGCAGUUUAAUCGGCCAGCCACUUGUUACGACCCACCACAGUCGUGGCAGCCCUCUUGUUGGGAACCAUCGCGUGGAUAUUCGGAUUAUGAUCAGCCACCACUGGGUCCGCCUAGUCGUGGGGAUCCGCCCAACAAUCGCUGCCCUCAGACCUUGCUGCCCUCGAAGUCUGAUCGACGUCUGAGUCACCGCACAGCUCCGUUGUCUGCCGUUGCCACGCACCCGCCUCAACAGUCCAGCAAGUUUAUUGAUUCGGGGAAGCAGCGUGGUCUGCCCAAUAUUUCCAGUCUCAAGGUUUGUUCUCCUUAUCCAGACGAGCCCCUACAAGCGAUCGUCAAGACCGACAAUCCGCCGCGGCAAGUGCUCGUCGGGGCAUAUGAUGGGAAGAUUGAUGAUCUUCGUGUUCCAACACAUAAGGAAUUGGAGAUGGAGAGAAAGGGAGAGGAGGAGAAGCAGGGGCAGAAAGAGUUGGAGAGACAGAAGGAACCUGAGUGGGCUAAAGUAGAGGAGCUCGAGGAGGAGGAUGAGAGCGAAGAUGCCUUGGAGGAAAAGAAGAACGAAUUCUACUGUGUAGCAUGUAGCCAGAAGUUCAGGAGUGAUAAACAAUGGAAGAAUCACGAGCAGUCGAAAAAGCACAAAGAGAAGGUGACACAGCUGCCGGAAGCAUUCCAUGAAGAGGAUAUAGAAUGUGAAGCGGAAGUAGAUGCUGAUGAUGGAAGUGACAUUGGUUACUUGUCAGCAGAUGAUGGAGUGAGUAAACUAGGGGAGAAAUUUGAAGCAGGGAUUGGUAUUCAAGAAGAUGAUAUAAUUAAGAGGAUCACGUUGAUUCGUUUGUGUGCUUUCGACCCUGGUAUUUGUGUCCGUUUUAGUAAACGAAAUUGGGAAUUUCUUGCUAUGCACAGGGAAGCAGUGGAUCUCCAAGUUGAGGAUUUGACACUGCACAUUGACAAUGUUCUCUGGAAUGCUAUGAAUAUGCUGACGGAUAAUGAUAAGGAGCUGGCACAUGGAGGAUUUAUGAAGUGCUUGCUAGCCACAAAGACAUUUAACAUCGAGCUAUGCAUGCCGGAGGAGACGCCUCGCUAA